AUGCCAUUCGCCUCGCGUCCGUGCCCGUUGCAGAAGCGAAUUAUGCUAAUCUCCUCAGCCCAGCAACGCGCUUACAAUUGCGCUGAAGACAGUGUACAAGACGCUCCCAACUCCAUGAGGUUUGUAUCCGAAAUCGUUGGCAUGUCACGACUGCACGCAGUUUCAGAUGCUAAACCGAAGACGAAGUCAAAAGUGAGCGGACGUGUCUUCGAAUGUUCAUAA